AGCAGAACGUCUCUCAGCUGAACAAACUGGCUCAGUUUGCCUGAGGUGGAAGUAAAACUGAGUUUUCAGUUGACCAAAGAAAUGGUGAUGGAGAAGCCAAGUCCCCUGCUGGUCGGGCGGGAAUUCGUGAGGCAGUACUAUACUCUGCUGAAUCAAGCACCUGACUACUUGCACAGGUUUUAUGGAAAGAACUCUUCCUAUGUCCAUGGUGGCUUGGAUUCCAAUGGAAAGCCAGCUGAUGCUGUCUACGGGCAAUCUGAUAUUCACAAGAAAGUGCUGUCGCUAAACUUCAAGGAUUGCCACACAAAGAUCCGUCAUGUGGAUGCUCAUGCUACGCUCAAUGAUGGUGUUGUAGUCCAGGUGAUGGGAGAGCUCUCCAAUAACAUGCAGCCAGUGCGCAGAUUCAUGCAAACAUUUGUGCUUGCACCGGAGGGUUCUGUUGCAAACAAGUUUUAUGUCCAUAAUGACAUCUUCCGCUACCAAGAUGAAGUUUUUGGUGACUCUGACACGGAGCCCCCAGAGGAGUCGGAAGAAGAGGGGGAGGAACCUGAGGAAAGGCAGCAGACACCUGAGGCUGUUCCUGAUGAUAGUGGUGCUUAUUAUGAGCAGACUGUCAGCAACGACUUGGAAGAACACGUGGAAGAGCCUGCUGCAGAUGCAGAGCCUGAGCCAGAGCCAGAGCCUGAACCGGAACCUGAACCAGAGGUGCAGGAAGAAAAAUCUGAGCCAGCAUUGGAGGAAUCAGUUCCAGAAGAGGCUGUGGAGAAGAGUCCUUCUCCAGUUCCUGGUGAUCCAGCUCCUGCAGUGCAAGAGGACUCCAGGACUUUUUCAUGGGCAUCAGUAACCAGUAAGAACCUUCCUCCCAGUGGAGCUGUUCCAGUAUCAGGAAUACCACCUCAUGUUGUGAAAGUACCGGUCUCACAGCCCCGCCCUGAGGCAAAGCCUGAAUCUCAGACUCCACCACAGAGACCUCAGAGGGAUCAGAGAGUGAGAGAGCAGCGAACAAGCAUCCCACCACAGAGGGGUCCUAGACCAAUUCGUGAUGGUGAACAAGGUGAUGUGGAAACUAGACGGAUUGUGAGGUACCCAGACAGUCAUCAGCUGUUUGUUGGGAACCUUCCCCAUGAUGUGGAUAAAAGUGAACUGAAAGACUUUUUCCAAAAACUUGGCUUUUCUCUUGCAGGUUAUGGCAAUGUUGUUGAACUCCGCAUCAACAGUGGUGGGAAACUUCCCAAUUUUGGGUUUGUGGUUUUUGAUGAUCCUGAACCAGUUCAGAAGAUCCUUAGCAGCAGGCCCAUCAUGUUCAGGGGAGAGGUGCGACUGAAUGUGGAGGAGAAGAAAACACGAGCUGCCAGAGAGGGUGACCGCAGAGAUAACAGACCACGUGGACCUGGAGGCACUCGUGGGGGGCUGGGAGGUGGGAUUCGAGGGCCUCCACGUGGAGGAAUGUCCCAGAAACCAGGAUUUGGAGCUGGAAGGGGGAUCGGGCAACGCCAGUGAAUGCAUCAUGGAUGUUGACAUGGUGGCGCAAACCCUUUUUCCUGCAGAUUUGUGAAUUUCAGCCUUGGGUAUCUUGGAAUGUGGCCCUAGCCUGUUAUAGACUGCUACGUUUGAUACUAUUUUGGCCCCUUUUUGUUUGUGUUAUGGUUUUGUGAUUUUUUUUUUUUCCCCCCCCUCCCUGCCCUAGUCCUUGUCCCAGAUUCCAGCUUUGUGGAACAACGUUUUAGGAAAAGUGGAUUUUAAAAAGAACUGAAUUUCCUUGCUCGCCUCAAACCUACGGACUGGAUUUUUUUUGGUACCAGUGGUCGGUCUUAAAGGAAUGUGGUUUUUUUUUUGUUCCUUUUUUUUUUUUCUCUCUCUCUCCCCCCUCUCUACUGAAUUUGGGUGCAUUUCAGUCAGUGGAAUAAUAUUUCACAUGCAUGUGUUCAAGAGGCUGUAGGAAAACGUAGUACUUGGCAAGUAUUUCAAGGGCAGGAAAAAAAAACUAUCAAUUUAUCCCUUGAGGGUCAUACGAACAUCCUCUGGUCCGGAGAUAUUGCCACUUCAAAAAUUGACAUUCAUCUUUCUCUUUGUGGCGCUGUAAAAGUGGAAUAAUGGGUAUCCUUAGAAUCUUUUUUCUUUUGAUACAUGAUCACGGAAAGGAAUUCUAACUACUGUUUUACCACUUUGAAAUUUUGGAUUGUGGGAUAGGUUUUAAAUGUCUAGAACUUGACUCUUAAAACACUUUUCCUGAACUUGUGAAAUUUUUUAUUGAAAUAGGGAGUUUUUUCAUGUUUAGUUUGUAUUUGUAUAAAAAAAAGCAAAAUUGUUGUGCCUUCUAUUUAUCUCUCAUUCCAGUCUUGGCAAAUUGUUAAAAAAAUAAAAAUAAAAAAGGUCUAGAUUUGCUUUAUCAA